CAUGUGCUUGUGUUCAGUAGCUCCUAGCUUUGAUGAGAGAGAGAUAAGAGAAGUCAAUAAAAAGGAGUGAUGUUCCUUCUAUCAAAUUAACCUCAUCUCACGGAUCUUGCUUUGUUCCUCUCUUUCUUUCUCUUUGUUUUUCUGUUCCUCCAUCUUCCCACUUAUUUUAUUAAUCUUCUUUCUAUAUGUAUAUUAUUAUUAUUAUUAUAUAAAAGGCCUAGAGAAUACAUUCAUUGCAAAGAUAAGGUAUUAGCAUAUUCAAAAGCUUUGUUAUCUCAAAAAAAAUGGCUUCUUGGAAGAAAACCAUCACUACACCAUUCAAAAAAGCUUGUACUUUCUUUAAGGAACAACCCACAAGGGAUCAUAAGAAGUCUCAAACAGAGCAAGAGAGACGUAUAAUGGAUCUGCAAGGUGAAGUAAUGGCAUGUGGAUAUGAAGAUGUUCAAGUUAUGUGGUCAAUGCUGGAUAGGACCAAAUCCACAGCUACAGAGUGUAACAUAACUUCUUCAACAUGAAAUUACUCAAAUGCCCUUUUCAAUCAAGAAACCAAUUGAGAAGUCCAAGUGCAUAAAUUAGCUAAUGUUUUUUUUAUAUGCUAAUUAAUGUUAAGGUCAUAGUUGUUGCUAUGAUGAAUGUAAUGAAAAUUAAGAUAUUUGAUAUGUGCCCCUUUUUCUUUGAGGAAGAAUUAAGGUGGCGGUUUUAGUUUUUAGCAACAUUUUCCUUCCUAGUCAAAAUGUUAUGGUAGUAGUACUUGUUGGGAAUCCCUGUGAUUGGUGAUAGAAAAUCAUGGUGAGAUUUUUUUAUUGAAAUGAAAAGUACUAGUAGAUUGUUUUUUGCUCUCUGA